UUGCUGCUCACCUGUGUUGCUCAGUCGUGAUAUUUGCUGCCGCGGGACGGCUGUGUUAGACAAGGUUGUGUCCUCUCUCCAUAUCAAUUUUCGAUAAGCGCAGAAAGGCUUGAACAAGAUGAGGGCGUUAUUCGUGUCUACAGUUCUCUUCGUUCUUGCUUCCCGGAACAUCAUAGUCGGAAUGCCCACUACGUCUUGGCAACCAAGCGGCUUCUUCGCCAUGUCACAGGGAACCAACCAAGGUGGCAAUGCACCGCAGUCUGCUGGACAACUUGCGCAGGGCCAAACCGGACAAGCAGGUGCGUCAAUGAUGCAGCAAACAGCUGACAAGACAACAAAUCAAACUGGAACUGGGAACCAGACAAAUGAUGCACAGAUGAUGAUGCAACCAAAUGGUGCACAGUUCGCAAUGAUGCAACAAGCAGCCGACCAGGCUUUAAAUGAAACUGGAACUGGGAACCAGACAAAUGCUCAAUAUGAGGCCAUGAUGCAGCAAGCAAGAUCCAAUUUCAAUGCCAUGAAUUCCCAACUUAAUUCCCAAAUGCACGGAUCAGCGGGUGCUUCACCAACGCAACAACCAAGUCAAUUCUCCACACAAACGACAUUCAGUACCAUGAGUCCGCCUGCACCCACAUCCGCCCAUCCCCCAGUUAACGUUGCCAUCAGCACAUCCCAGGCACAAGGCUCGAACCCAGCACCAACCGCUAGCCCAGCACAGGGAACGUCACCAACAGGUACAAAUCAAGAAUUGGUAAAUGCACUGGGGGGAGCAUAUUUCCCGUUCGGAUUCUCAGUUCAGUUGCCACCUUCACAACCGUCAAACCAACAAGAAUAUGUGCCAGAUCAACCAGGACAACCACGUCAACCAAGUCAACCACAGCAACCAACCCCACCAGUUGAAGCAACCCAGCCGGUUCAACCAGUUCAACCAGUUCAACCAGUUCAACUAGCUCAACCAGUUCAACCAGCUCAACCAGUUCAACCAGUUCAACCAGUUCCACCAGUUCAACCAGCUCAACCAGUUCAACCAGCUCAACCAGCUCAACCAGCUCAACCAGUUCAACUGGCUCAGCCGGUUCAACCAGUUCAACCUGUUCAACCGGUUCAGCCACCUCCGCCUGCAGUACCGACCACGCCAUCGCAGGCUGCCCUGAUGGCACAGCAGAUGAUGUACCGGCAGAUGGAAGCUCAGAUGCUGGGUCAAAGAAACCAACAGCGAGGAGCAUACCCAGAUCUCCAAGUAUCCCCUCCGAGCAACCCUCAAGCAAACCACCAAUGGCCCCAGCUUCCACAGCAUCAGAUGCCUGGUUUCAGCAGCCAGCAGACUCGCCACCAGUCCUUCCCGGGGACACAAGCCUCUGCCAACCAAGCUCAUGCUGAGCUGACAAGUAACAUGUGGCCUCCGCAGCUCUUUCAAAUGGCCCAACAACAAUUGAAUGGAAUGAUGCACGCUCCUACUCCAGUUCUACCCGACGCCGCUAGGAUGGUGAACAUGCAUGGUAUGAACGGCCAGCCAGAUACAUCGAUGUUUAACAUGAACAACCAGCAACAGCAACGGCAACAGCAACGGCAACAGCAACAGCAACAGACACAGCAACAGACACAGCCCCAACCUCAACCGCUGCCACAGCUAACACUUGAACAACAAUAUAUGCAGUUGUUGCAGCAACAGCAGCAGUUUAAACAACCCCAAUCAACGCACCAACCACAGGCGCCACCAACUUCCGCCUUCAUGUACCAACCACAGCCACAACAAAAUUCCGCCUUCAUGUACCAACCACAGACACAACAAAAUUCCGCCUUCAUGUACCCAUCACAGUCAGCAUCUUUUAUGCACCCCGCCCAAUCUCAACCUCGUACCUCCUUCAUGCAAGACCUUCCUCCACAACAGCCAGCAGCAUCAGGGGCGCCACUGUCACAGACUGCGCUGCUUCAGAAGUUCACAGCUCUUGAAAACCAACUGUCUACAAUGGCAAACCCAACGCCAGCUCAGCUCCAGUCCGUGAUGAUGCAGUUUCAGCAGCUGGAGAGGCAGAUGGAACAGUCCGCUAAUUCAGGUGCUCAAUCACCGGCUAUGACAGGGAUGCCAAGCAUGGCAGCGAUGCCGGAUAUGACGGGGAUGGCAAGCAUGACAGGGAUGCCUGAUAUGACAGGGAUGGCAAGCAUGACAGGGAUGCCGGAUAUGACAGGGAUGCCCUUGGACCCUGCUGUUGCUUUGGGCUCGGAGUCGAUACCAGCUAUUGAGACACAAGUGAUGACCUUAGAAAAUCGUCUUAUGACUCAUUUUAAAAACCCAAGCCCAGAUCCAGCACAGACUCAGGCACUCGUUGCAGAAUACGAUGUACUCCAGAAGAGGCUAAAAGCCGCCCAGAGAGCUGCGGCAGUGUCAGCAAGUCCAAUGCCAGCUGCAACAAACGCUCUCAGUCAACCACCUGUUGGAAACGUCGCCAAUUCGAGAAAGGCUUUCAGCGGUAUGAUGAACCCAUUUGACAUGUCUGGGAUUGGAGCCUCACCAAAUAGUAACACUUCUCCACUGUCACCGCUUGCCUCUGGGUCACAAGGUUUGACUGCAGCAGACAUCAAUUCACUUCAGACCAAUCCAGGGCUUACUGGAUUGGCAGGAUUACAGGGGGCGGCAGCCGUGCCAGGAUUGCCAGGAACUGCAAGUCUUGGAGCACGUGCCAGAGACAUACUUGAACCAAUGAUAGAGAGACAGGAAGAUUUGGCGAGAAACGCAGCCAAAGCAAGGAAACUUGCUGCCACCAUGUCCUUGAUCAACCAAAUGACUGGAGGGUCUUCAAAUGGACCGUCAAUGGGAUCGUCAAUGGGGACCCCCAUGGACACUUUGCCUGGCAGUAACAGCGUGUUCCCGGGUGCUGGGAGUAACGGCCAAUCCCCAUCCGCGCCGUCUAGCGGUUCUUCAGGCACAUCGUCGAUGUCCAGUCUAGGAAUGCAUAACGGUCACAUGCCCGCCGAAUUGUUUCCAGGCUCUGGAUCCCAGUCCUUAAUGCAUUCACCGCUGCCAGACUUGUUCCCUCAGGGCUCAGCCGCUGAUCCACAAAUGCAGCAAUUCUUCCAGAGCUUCCAGCAACAAGGAGUUAUGUCGCCAUUUUUUGGAGGAGCAAGAUGAUGAUUUCUGUUGGAGACCCCUUUUACGUGUCAAAUUACACGCAGGAUGACGCGCUGACUUCUCUCUGAUCUGUAACCACGUUUCGAUUACACGUCUAAAAACUAUUGUGAUUCAAAGUAAUAAAAUACUAAAAAAAUG